AGAGUGGAGAGUGAGGGUGACAAAGAGAGAGAGGAGAGAAGGGGAAGGGGGAACCAGUGGUCACUAAUUAACAAAUGAUUAAUCACAGCCACUUCUUCCUCCUUCAUCAGGCAGCACACAAUCAGAUCUUUCGAUUAUUGAAUAACCUCACAAUACCCCCAAUGUAGCACUUGGCCAGCUCUCAAAAUGCCUUUUUUUCAAAUCCUGGAACUUAUCGCAAAACCAUGAUCAGAAAACCCUCUCGCCUAGCUUCGAUGACUUUAUGCGUUCCUGCUUCUCUGUUGCUUAAAAUAUCAAAGUUCAUUCUUCAAGGUGCAACUCAUCCUCAGCAAGGGAGUGUUCAAACUUUUUAUGGACAGAAAUGACUCUACGCUCCGGUUGCCAGCAAGUGACAUGGUAAUGUUCAUUUGACAACUUCAUCAAGCCUUAUUCUGGAUUAAACAGUUGUUUGAAAAUAGUUUUGAUUCUAUCAAAGGAGUAAUUGUGAAGUCUAAACUCUCGCAUCAAAAUCAUCUGAUUGCCUACUACUGCUGGAAGCUGUAAGGAUCGCCCCACUGAGGGCAGCAAACAUCAUUGGAUGGUGUCGAAUAAAGGAAUGAUGUCAACCCUGAGAUUGUAAUGAGCAUCGUUGUUGGCAGGCAAGCUAAGGCAGGCUGGACGGCUAGCUUCAUUUGAGUAGGCUCACCAUAACGACGGACAGGCAAGGCAAGCUGGAGGGCAUGUACAGUAUGCAGCGAGAGGGAGAGAGAGCCUGAGAGCUUCAAAGAGCUUGAAUGUCAACAUGACAACCGGCUGGUACAGCUUUUCAAUUCCUGCCACCUCCAGAUGAAUGCGCAUUGACAAGACAUUGUGUGAAGCUGCAUUCAGUAAUUAAAAAACAAACGGACAUAUAUGCAGGGAUAUCCAGUUACCGUGGACUUACUUUAUUUUCAAAGAUCGAGGUGGAGGAUGACUUCAUAAGUGAUGACAAGUGGAAUUUACCAGUCGUAAGCUUGGGACUGCUUAGCAUGCAGAGUUAUGUAAACGGUGAUUACAGUGUGUGUUUUUGAUAGCAUUGACGUUGGAUUGUGAAUGAGAUAAGCUUCCACCUCACGGGGGAUGUAUACUUUCAUCUGAGUUAGAUGUGAAAAGAGUCACCACAAUGAAGCACAUUGGUCACUAUAUGUGUUCUAGGACCCGAUGGGCAAGAGUCCUGUGCCUGUGUUCGGUCUUUGUGAUGGGUGGAGUCUACCAUUUCUUCUUUAACUUUGAACAAGCGUUUAGGAACUCUCCCGGUGAGAUCCCGCGGCUAAAGAGCGGCGAUGGUCAGAUAAACGGUGAUGGAAUAUUGGAACAUUCGGUGCGGAUGAGGCACUUAUUACAGACAAACCUUACAACGGACCCAACAACGGACCAAGGAAUGCAAUCGGUUACAGACGCGGGAAAUGCGUCCAAUAAUACUCAACCAAAUUCUGGUAUCUAUCCCAGAGACCUUUUUACGUUACAACAGAAGAAAGAUGGCGCCAUUGUACUUCACGUGAUUUUAAUGAUCUACAUGUUCGUUGCACUUGCCAUUGUCUGUGACGAAUUUUUUGUGCCUGCUCUGAGCGUCAUCACGGACAAGCUCGACUUGUCGGACGAUGUGGCUGGUGCCACGUUCAUGGCCGCGGGAGGAAGCGCCCCCGAACUUUUCACCAGCCUCAUCGGGGUGUUCUUCGCGCGGAGCGAUGUCGGUGUGGGGACAAUCGUCGGUUCCGCAGUCUUCAACAUCCUUUUUGUGAUUGGGAUGUGUGCGACGUUCAGUAAAGGAGUUCUUUCAUUAACAUGGUGGCCUCUGUUCAGAGAUUGUUUCUUUUAUUCCCUCAGUCUAUCCAUGUUACUAUACUCGUUUUCAGACACACGCAUAGAGUGGUAUGAGUCCUUGUGCCUACUUAUGAUAUACAUUUUGUAUGUACUCUUCAUGAAGUUCAAUGUUCCCAUCGAGCGCUGGGUCAAGUCCCGACUACUCCGGAAAAAAGUUAGUGCAAUUAAAGAGAUUCCUCCCAUUGUACAGCUAGAAGUGAAGAUGAAUGGCCGGAGAGUAAGUCUGCCCCAUUUCCGCAACAAUGCCAGUAUGUUCCGCCAUGGUGCCCUACAGCUCAUGCUCCACACACUAGACCCUCUCAGUGACUCGGACAUUGUGGAAGACAAGGCUAUGCAGCUUCAAGUGAUGGCAAAGUCGCAACAGAAGACUGGAGGGCCACAGCCCACAGGAAACGGCAAGGACACGUCUGGACAGCCACAUGAACAAUCUGCAAGUAGACCGGAGAGUGCAAGGUCCAACCAAAAAUUGACAAUAUCGUAUCACAAUGGAUACACCAAUGGGGACAUAAUCAUGGACGAACCAACGCAGAUUACGACAGUAUCACAGGCAUGUGAUAGCCCCCUCAGUGUCAAGACGGGGAACGGGAUAAGACUGACUCCUCUGCCGACCAAUGGACACCACCCAAACACUACAGACAUUAACCAGCUCAGCAACAAUGCAGCGUUUCUGCACCAAACAAACGAGCCAUUAGACCAUGCCAAGGGGAAUGGCAAUGGCAAUGGCAAUGGCUUGCAUGAAACGACAAUCAAUUUGAAUGGCGCCACCAACGGGGGAACGAACACUGAUCUUAAUGAUGCUCCCAUAGCCAAUGGAGUGGAUCAUCAGUUUGAGAAGAGCACGGAACAGUUGACAACGGCUGGUGCUAUGCACGAUGUGGAAUCCCCGGAAAGUACAGAACAGCCUGACAUGGCUGACAUGGAAGUUGAGGAGCCUCUUGACAUCAGUUGGCCCAAGGGAUGGAGGAAACAAGUGACUUACAUCCUUCUUGCACCACUGGUCUAUGUACUCUACUUCACACUACCGGACGUCAGAAGAGUGGAGAGCAGAAAGUGGUACUCGGUAACAUUCAUUGGCUGUAUCUUCUGGAUUGCUGGUUUCUCCUAUCUCAUGGUGUGGAUGGCCAAGGAAGUAGGGGACACCAUCGGCAUAGAAGAGCGGGUGAUGGGACUGACCAUCUUAGCCGCAGGAACCAGUAUACCUGAUCUGAUCACCAGUGUCAUCGUAGCUAGAAAGGGCUUAGGUGACAUGGCUGUGUCUAGCUCUGUGGGCAGUAACAUCUUUGACAUCACAGUGGGACUACCAUUGCCUUGGAUACUGUGGAGCAUCUCCCAAAACGGUGCGUCGGUGUCCGUCGAUAGCAAGGGACUCUUCUGUUCCAUCUUCCUUCUCUUUGGGAUGCUUAUCCUGGUCGUCAUCCUCAUCGCAGUCAACAAAUGGCGGAUGACCAAAAUCAUGGGAGGUUGCAUGUUCCUCUUCUAUUUGGCAUUCCUGGCCAUUAGUCUCUUGCUCUUGGCUGACAUCAUUCCGUGUAUCAUCGGGGUAUAGGGGACCUGCCCACCCUGUGCUAGUUGUCCUUAUCAACAUCUUCUACCUGAAAGACAUCACUCUAUGUGGCAUUCCUCACUAUCAUCAUCCUUUUCUUGGCUGACAUCAUUCCAUGUGUCAUCAGGGUAUAGGGGACCUGUCCACCCUGCGCUACGUGUUUAUCAACACGCUAUAUAUGGCAUUUAUUGCCAUUGGUCAUGUUGUAAUAAAACCACAGAUAAAUUAAAAUCCAAGGCUGCAGCAACCUUCUUUCAAAUUUGGUUCUUAUGAUAUAUCAGUGAGUGUUAUAUUUAGCAUAAAAGUAAAAGUGUUGAUUGAAAUCCAAAAUAUGCUUUGUACAAUGCCCUGCGAGUGCGAUGGAGUCUCUGAUUUUCUCUUCAUAUAUUUUUUUGCUAUCCAUCGCUAACUGUCCAUCAAUCAAAACCUUUGGGAUCAUGGAUCCUGACGUCAUCCUAAAUUAUAAGUUUGGUUAAUUAGUUGCUCUUCUGCAGUAUCCCAAGACAGAGACAUUGUAUAACCAUCUCUCACAAGAAAUAGUUAACAUAAAGAAUUAUAAAGGAAAUCACUGCUUGUGCAAUAUCGCUUUUUGAAUACAUCAGUGUUUAUUAUGCAUUUUAGGCUGAAUUUGCCAGAACAAUUGACCAUAUUGUCGGCUGCCAGCAGUUUGCAGUUAUAGGAAUUGUUAUGGUUAGCAACGGUAUGCAGUGUUUGGAUUAUAAGGUGGCUAGUGAAAUCAGUUUAGUCCUUUGAUCGAUAAAGAUCUCUCAAGCGAAGAUUUGCAACAUCUUAAUAUUGUUGAGAGCCAGAAGGGCAUUAACUGUAUAUGAGUUAACACGUAUCUGGCUCUUAACAGAUAACAUUGUAUGUGGGUGUACUGCUUUACGAUAACCGCAAAGAAUAUUCCAUGAUUGCAUGCAGAUUGGAUUCAUGUAUAACUAUUGUGGAUAUUUUGUGCAUUACAUACUCGUUCAAUGAGUAUGAUUUGAAAUCUGAGAUAUUGAAAAGAUAUAUUCAGCUACAAGCCCUCAAGAUGAUGUGACAUGAAUUUUAAAUGAUUUGUUAAAUAAAUUAAGAAACUCUGAGUUCUUGACUUGCUGUGGAAAAGCUGAAAUCUAUGUUGGCUGAAGAUUAACAUUGAAAGGAAGACCUUUUUUACUCUAUCUCAAUAUAUACCAAAUACUUUUACAGUUUAUAUCUCUAAUGUAGUUCAAUAAAAUCAGUUUGGGUAGGUGCUGAUAGUUUCUUCCUUUCCUAAAGCUGAUGGGGUAUUGUUUGAUUUGAAAAGUGUACAUAUUUCAAUUCAGUAGAGGACUACGGUUUUGUUCAAGCAUGUGAAAUUUGUUUUGAAUUCAAAUCUUGUGGAAGAUGAGAAGCUUCUUUGGCCCUUAAAAUUGUAUCGGUAUAAGUCCAGUCGCCAUUUAUUUAGAAUGAUGUUUAUAAAUAUUGCAAUGAUUACAUUUACAUUGUCACAUGGCAGAAUAUGUGCUUCUGUAAUAGAUUUAAUGGUAUGAUAAUCCGCUACUGUACUUAAAAUAUUACAUGAAAACAUAUACAGAGACAUAUAUAUUUACCAUUUAGAUUUUCUCUAAAAUGCAAUGCAAUUAAAAUUUACCUUCUCUAAAUCUAAAUUUGAUAUUUUGGUCAAAUAUGUGUUACCUGCCUGUGGAGACAUCUCUGCAACCUGUCUUUGUGUAUUGUGUGCAUAUUGUGACUUCACUAAUCAACAUAUUCCAAAAACACACAGAGGAUAAUUAUUCCAAGGUUAAGAAUUUAAAUUGCUUUUGUGUUUUAAUUGAAUGACUGCAGACUUAAAGAAAUGUAAAGAAAUGAAGUCAUGAAGAGGAGCAGCAGUAGACUAUAAAGAGAGGUGAAAAUAUGUCUCAAAAAGGGGAUGUAAUAAAUAAAUGUACCAAAAUGUUAAUGAUUUUUUAAAUGAUUAUAUUUGCAGAUUGAAAUCUUUAUAUACGAAGCUCACUAUACUGCCUUUAUGUACAAUGUAUGUGUAUAUAUUUUCUGCUGUGCAAAAUAGUAACUGGUCUUGUCUUUAUGUGUUUUCUCAUAUUAUUUCUGUUGAUUUUUUUCUUUUUUCGUUAUAAAAACUUGUGCAUUAUAGUGAUUAAUGUUUCUGCUGGAAAGAACAAAAUAUUUGAAUGUCUCAAAGAGUCUGUAUUUGUGAUGGUUAAAGUCUUUCUUCCAAUUGUAUUUUAUAGUGACCUUUUAUCUGAGUAUAUUCACAGUAUAUAUAUUAUAUAUUCAACAAGGUAUGAGAAAUAGUCUUGACUGAAAGUUUGUGUGAUAAUUCAUAGUGGCUUAAUUUAGGCUGAAAAUAUGCUUGAAAAUCUGAAUAAGGUGUAUUCAAGCCUUUGCAAGUUAUGUUCAUUCCUAUUUCUUUCUACACUUCUUGUGCUCAUGCUUUGUCUUCCUCUCUCUUUCUCUCUCUCUCUCUCUCUCUCUCUCUCUCUCUCACACACACACACACACA